UCCGUCACGUGACUCGCCCUUUUGCAAGAUGGAGUUAAGCGAGUCUGUGCAGAAGGGGCUGCAGCUCCUGGCCGAUCAGUCUGCCGUGAACCACAGCAGCUUUCAGGCGCUGCUGGACGCCUCCUUCCGGGGGCUGCUCUCCUCCCGGGCCGACCCCACAGUCCUCGAUCAGCCCGAGCUGAAGCACAUGGACCGGAUCCUGCUGAAGCAGAGCCACGCAGCCCUGGCCACCUUCAUCCUGGAAGCGGUCAAACACAACGCAGACAAGUCCACCUUAAGCUCCUGCCUUGAGGAGCUCACAUUCAGCACAGACAGAAUAGAAAUAUUCUUCAGCACAUAUCAGAAACAUAAAAAAGACAUGGAGCAUCUGUUGAGCAGCAUGGGCAGACGUCCACCUCACGUUAAUGACGUAUCAUGGCGUCUGCAGUAUCACAUGAAGAGCGGGCAGCUGGAUAAGAUCAACGAGCCUUUCUACCUGAUCUCACUGAACACGGAGAAUGAAGGAUCCUCUCAGGAUGUUAACUUCACCUGCACAAUGGAGCAGCUGCAGGAUCUGGUGUCAAAGUUGAAAGAUGCUGCCAAGAGCGUGGAGAAAGCCAGUCAGAUGUGACGCCCUGCAGCCGCAGCAACUUCACUCACUAUUUUCUAUCAGCUUGUUGUUGUUUAAUAUACUAAUAUACUUGUUCCUGUUUUGUACACCAGUCUACAUAACGUCACACAUGUUGGAGAAUAAAAUCUGAAAUUUGAAAAAAAAAGAAAAUGUA